AUGGCGGGUGCUGCUGGGGUGGGGCUAGCCAUGGCUGCUAGAUGGGGUUGCUGGAGGUCUGGCAUGGCGGCAGCGCGACGGGGCCAUGCCUCAGCACCGGCGCUGACCUCUGAAGCUUCGGAACACCUGGCUGUCUUUGUGACCACCCCGACCGCUGAGCUGGCCCAGCGCAUCGCCGGCGCCCUCGUCGAAGAGCGGCUCGCUGCCUGUGUCAACACCAUGCCAGGCGUGCAGUCCACCUAUCUGUGGAAGGGGCAGGUGGAAACGGAUCAGGAACACUUGAUGAUGAUCAAGACCACGCCGGCUGCCUUUGAGCGCCUGCGGGCGCGGGUUCUGGAUCUACACGACUAUGACGUUCCUGAGGUGAUUGCCCUGCCCAUUGUAGCAGGCAGCGAUGCCUACCUCGCCUGGCUACGGGGAGGUGCUUUCUGCUUGUUUGCUUUGUGUGUGUGUGUGUGUGUGUGUGUGUGUGUGUGUGUGUGUGUGUGUGUGUGUGUGUGUGUGUGUGUGUGUGUGUGUGUGUGUGUGUGUGUGUGUGUGUGUGUGUGUGUGUGUGUGUGUGUGUGUUCUUACGCCGACCCUCUGAUCGUCGCAUUGGACAAGAGCCUCACUGUAGCCGGGCCAGUGCUGGCGCGCCCGCUGCUGGUGGACGACGGCGGUUGCCAUCUGCGCCGCAAGCAGCAAAGCCACGCACCUGCGGCCACUUCCAGGACCGAGUCUCCAAAUGACUCAGUCUUUGCUAGCUCUCCCGUCACCCCGAGCACACCCGUCGUUCCUAGAGUAGGGCCGGCGUUUGCGCUGGAAGAUUCAACCGCCGAUGAUCAGCAAAACGUCAUCGUUUGUGUCCGUGUGCGUCCAGCCAAUCAGCGCGAGGAAGGGAUGCAGUCACAUGCCAUUGUUGCCAUGGAGGGCAAAUCUACCACCCUGACACAUCCGGACAAAGGCAAAGGCCAAACGUACGGUACACCCCGCAACUGCAACCGACAAAAGCCGCCGCCCUCUUUUUUCUUCAGCUUCUUCCUCUUCUUCUUCUUCUACUUCUGCUUCUUCUUCUACUUCUGCUUCUUCUUCUUUGUUGUUGGUGUGUUCCUAUUGAGCGUACACUCUCUCAUACAACCAACCAACACGGAUGGUCACGCUGCCUUUAGCUUUACCUUCGAUCAUUCCUUCUGGUCACAUAAUGCAAACGACGCCAAUUUUGCUGACCAGGCGCAUAUCUACCAACACAUUGGCAAGCCCUUACUCGAUCGCUCGCUUCAAGGAUACAAUGUCACCGCCUUUGCCUACGGGCAGACGGGCUCGGGCAAAUCAUACUCCAUGAUGGGACCCCCGGGUUCUCAGAUCAACGACUCUGAGCAUCGUGGUCUUAUUCCCCGCUUCUGCGAAGCCCUCUUUGAUUAUGCCCGACAAGUUGAGAGCCAGCAGGUUGUCGUCAAGGUCGAGAUUUCCUACUUUGAAAUCUACUCGGAGCGCAUCUAUGAUCUGCUCGCACCAACCGUCAAAUCCGGCCGCAUGCAGUCCUCACUCAUGCUGAACCGGCGUUGGCAGCAAUUACGCGUGCGUGAGCAUCCUGUUAUGGGUCCAUAUGUGGACAAGCUGACCAUGCAUGCAGCCCUCAACUUUGCGGACAUUGAGGCUUGGUUGUCUGUGGGCAGCAAACACCGUGCGACAGCUUCCACCAACAUGAACGCCACAUCCUCGCGCUCGCAUGCCGUCUUCACCAUGCUCGUUACACAGACUCAGCUGGAUGCAGACGACAUCGAACAUACCAAAGUGUCAAAGGUCAACCUUGUGGACCUGGCAGGUUCAGAGCGUGCAGAUGCUGCUGGCACUACUGGUCAGCGCCUGCGCGAAGGCUCAGCCAUCAACAAGAGCCUGCACACCCUGGGCAAAGUCAUUUCUCUCUUGGCCGAUAAGGCUACCAAGAAGAAGAGCAUCUUCAUCCCAUACCGUGACAGCGUGUUGACUUGGAUCCUUAAGGAGUCUUUGGGAGGCAACAGUCGCACAGCCAUGCUCGCCACCAUUAGUCCUGCACUCGUCAACUACGACGAAACCCUGAGCACACUCCGAUAUGCGCACCAAGCUCGACAAAUCAUCAACGAUGCCUCCAUCAACGAGGACCCCAACGCCAAGCUUGUGCGCGAACUCCGAGCCGAGAUUGAAAAAUUGCGUGCCCAGUUUGGAGAUGGCGCAAGCGUCAAUAGCUAUCAAGAAGUUACGCAUCUGCGCCAAAAGCUGGCUGAUACGCAGGCACUGAUGGCCACCAUGAACCGUUCUUGGGAAGAGAAGCUGCGCGAAGCUGAACGUAUGCGUCAGGAAAACGCUCGCUCCAUGGAAGCACAAGGCGUUGCCAAGGACGUGCGCAAGGUCGACAAUAGCCUGCCCAACCUUGUCAAUCUCAACGAGGACCCCCAGCUCUCGGAAAUGCUCAUUUAUAUGCUCAAACCAGUGGCUGGCAGUGAUCUCACCGACGCCAAGUGCUCAGGCUCAACCACCGUGGGGAGCUCGGAUACGGCGGACAUCGAGCUCACAGGUGCUCUUGUGCUCAAGCACCACUGCACCCUCACAUGCCUUCGGGAUUCGGACAAGAGUGAUUAUACGGUUCAAAUAACGGUUGAACCUGACGCUGUGGUUUAUAUAAACGGCCAUGAGCUGAGAGCUGGCCAGGUUCACGACCUGCACCACUCUGAUCGCCUCGUCCUGGCCAAUCGUCAUUUCUUCCGCCUCAACAUUCCGAGCACCAGCCGCUCGCGCGCGCAGAGCUCCGGUCAAGCCGCCAAGUCAUACGAAUUUGCGAAAGAAGAGCUUGAGUCGGUGCAAGCGGCUCAGCUCAAGCAAGAGUUGGAAGACGAGAAAAAGAAGAACGAGUCAGAGCGCAAAGAGCUCGAGUCGCGUUUGAAGGAGGCCGAAGCGCAGACACGAGAACAGCUAGAUCAACAGCGACAACAAUACGAAAAGCGUCUCAAAACCAUGGAGGAUCGAGAGUCAAGUGCUGAUGACAGGGAACAGCUGGUCAAACGCUUGAUGGCCGAUAAGCACGAGAUUGCGCGAGAGCUAGAGUUGCUCAAGGCAAUGCAUAAGACUGACCACCGCCAGUAUCAGCAAACGCGCAGCAAUAUCCAGGCCCUAGCGUCCUCGCCAAAUCUGCCCGAGUUCAGUGCCAACGUGGAUUCUCACCGCGUCGUGGCCUUGAGCAAGGACAUUCAGGAAGCCAACAAGAUUGCAAGCGACCUGAAACAGCAAACUCGCUUUGGUAUCAUCAAUCAAGGAGGGCAGCCCUUUGUCAAGGUCCUCAACACUCAGAUGAAGGUCGCCACAUUAUGGUCACCAGAAAAAUUUGAGGAUAUGAUGGACAAGAUGCGCGAAGCGUACGCCGACUAUGACGGCGAAGCUGAGGUGCCCGAAGAUGUGGCCUUGCUCUUUUUUGACCCCAACGAGAACUGGCAGGAGGACACGGGCUCGUCGCGACGCACGAGUCGCGCCUCCACCAGCGCCGCGGUCAACACGGGAUCUGCCGCCUCAGAUGAACGUGGUGCUAGCCCAGAUGAUCUUGACAGCCGGAGCAGCACUCCCAUUGAUGGCGCCUCGCGUGGUUUGCUGACCGAUGGUUCGCGCUUGCAAGCACGCCAUCGCAGCGAUGCUAAGGUGCUGGCAGACGCACAUGCGUCUGAGGCCUCGGUUGUUGCCCUAUGUGCUCAGUACAUUAAAAACUCGCGAGACUCUUUGCGCGUGCAAAAAAAGCACACUGUCUCCGAUGAAUUGGUAGCAUGUGUCUCUGCCCUCAAGGAUUCAGCCACUGUGCUGCGCGAUGGCCUCGACGAAUACUUGCGCACAGACAGCGACAAGCAGUUGCUGCGGCUUCGAGACUUGGGUGUCAUUCGCAACGCCAGCCUUUCCUCAGCCAUGGCUUUGGAAGUCAUCUCCACGGCCGUUCGCACCGCUCGUGAGACUUUGCUAAACCAUGAGAAGCUUCAAGCCCGCCUGCUCGAAUCUUGCGCCAAUCUCAGCUCACAUCUCAUGACUUUGCUGCAAGGUGUCGAAAUGGAAAUUCACUCCAUGGUGACAUCGUCCUAUCCCCGCGUCAUGCAUGACCUCAAGGAGUUGUCGAUGAUGGCCGGUGAAUUGGCCGUCAUCAUGGCUGAUGAGGAGACCGAGCAAGAGAAUGAUAGCUAUGUCGAAGGCGAGGAGCUGCGUGAAGAAGACGAUGAUACAGGUCGUCAAUCCAUGGCAACCCGCAUGGUGUCCCUGCCACCCACCCUUGAGCGGCGCAGCUCGUCCCAGUUCAUGGAAGCCAGCAUCAAGAAGGUCCUUGAACAUACCAUUGAUGAGGAUGUGCUCUUGAGUUUCCAGCGGGGCACGCACAUGCACAUGGCCGGUGUCAUGGAACUGUGCAAGCAGGACCUAUCAUCUCGAGCCAAGGACGUGACGGCGCUUGUUGAAAAACUUGUCCCUGAAUCAAAUGUGGACGAGGCCAUCUUGCAAGGUGCAGCCGAGGUGACCAAAGCUGCACAGUCCAUGCUCGUGACGGCAGCCAAGUGUCAAAGCUUCAUCUCGGACAUGGCGACCAGGGAGGGCCCAGCUGAGGCCAAACGCGCCUUUUACCGCAAGACCUAUCGACGAGACAAGGGCAUCGUUUUGCAGGCUCAGCAGGUGGCUGAGGCCAUUGCUUGGUUAUGCGAUGCCUGUAGCACGGCCGUUCAGGGGGAUGAGGACGUGGAAAAGGUGCAAUCGCACACCAACAACCUAAACGCCCUGAUUGCUCAACUGACGAGUGCGGCUGAUAGCCGGUUAGCGGGCUUGCCUGGCAUCGACGUCCAUUUGGAGACGCUGCGCACCCAAGCCACCUCCGUGAAAAAGUAUGCUGGUGCUCUUCAAAGACAGUGUAAACAGUUUGGGGCUACUGAUCAUGCGAGUCGCCAGCGCUCGGCCUCACUUUCAAGUCGAUCAUCACCAGGCACGCCGCGCCGCUUUAACAGUGGUCGCACCUCGGUCAAGAUGAAUUUCUCUUCUCCGCAAUCCUCGCCCAAGGCAGCCGUUCGACUCCAUACGCAACGUCUGGAUCAGAAAGCUCUCGUGUUCAGAUUGGAAAAUGAGCUGGAACAAGAACGGCGGCGCUUAGCCAGCAUGAACCAGGCGGACUAUGUCGAAGCCUCCACAACCCCCAUCUGAGUUUUAAUGUGCAAACGCUUGCAUGUGUGUGUGUCCAAUCAUGUGCUUCUACGUGCCUCCGUGUACCUUUUUCGUGUCUGGGUUUGUGUGUGUUUGUGUUUCUACAUGCGCGUGCUGCAUUGCACCUUUGUGCAUGGCUGUCCCUGCGAGCUGCCCUCGACGGAUGAAGCUCUUAUCUUAUUUGCAAAACAAGUGAGCACCCUCAAAGG